AUGUGCUCCCGCGGGUCCUGCCACGACUACGAGUCCUCCUGCCGUGGAUCCCUCUCUUCUUGCCAAAGAUCCCGCUCCUCCUGCCACAACUCAGGACUCUCCUGCCACAAUUCAGGACCCUCCUGCCACAACUCAGGACCCUCCUGCCAUUACACCAUCCAGAGGGAGCCUGUGCAGAGGUUCACCAACGUGACCCCCUGCUGGCCCCCUGUGCAGACCUGCUACCCCCAGCUGCUGAGCUACUGCCCCCCAGUGCAAACCUACUGCCCCCCUGUGCAGCCCUGCUACCCUUCUGUCCCCUACUGUUCCCAGUACACCAAGAACAUCUGCAAGCUGCCACCAACGUGCCCCAAGUACUAA